GCAUCCGUUCACACACUGCGGGACUUCAACGUCGCAAAGCCAUUCUCGUAGUCUCGCACCAGCCCUCGGUUUAUACAGAUCAUGUCAACCAUCACGAUAACCUCCGCUCCAAGAACGCGAAGAACCGGCUGCCCCGCGCAGGCGAUACCACCUCGGCCUCUAGACCACUUUCAUCUCUUCUCAAGGCUACCCGUAGAACUCCGCCUCAAGAUCUGGAACUUCAACCUUCCACCACCGCGGGUCGUGCCCAUCCGGUGCGGUGCCAAGUCUCUCUCCUUCGCCUCCCACGCCCAGUUACCAAGGCCCUCGACGAGCGGGUGUACCUCGUACACAGCCGUACCCGUCAACCUCCACGCCUGUCAUGAAUCCCGCCUCGAGGCCCUCAAGUCGUAUUAUCUCAGCUUCGGCAUGACACGCAACCCGGGCCAGAUCUUCUUCGACAAGGACCACGACGUCCUCUACUUUGGCGCCCGCGACGGCUACAUGGCCUCCGAGGCGCAGUUCCGCACAGUCAUGGCCCUCUGCGACCCCGAAGACAUCUCACAAGUGCGCCGCCUCGCCAUCAACGAUUCCCUCUUCUGGGUCGACACGAUGUACCAGUCCAUGAGCGCCGCCAACUUGACGGUGGAGGUCCUCAAGCAGAUCCGCGUGCGUAUGCCGAAACUGGAACAGCUCGUCUUCGUGCCGCGGGACGAAAACCCAGUCUACGACGACGAGGUUGAGCUGGUGCCCGCGAACCCGCACGGCGUGCUGGAGCAGCAGAUGGCGAGGCAAAUGGAGGCGGCGAUGAAGACCGUUUGCGACCUGUUUCCGGAUUGGACGCCGCCGCAGUGGUGUAUCAUGGCUCUCGGGUCGGCAUAAGCCCCGGGACCACUUCAAAGGAUGGGCAUUCAUGGUUCCCGAGGGGAACAGAUUUCUACCAGCGUGUUAAGCAACGUACCCCGUUCUCUUCUGCAAGGCAAGGCGGUAACGGCACACUCGCCUUCUUAUGAGCAGGAAGGAGAUGGACCUGCCGCGAGCAUGAACUUCAAGACCAUGUAUUGGGCUGGUCAGACUGCAUUUUCAAGAUACCCUUUUGUCUUUUCUGUUCUU